AUGUCAACUCCAAAGCGCAGCCGUUCAGCGAGCGAGGACGACGGACGCGAACCCAAACGAUCGCGCACCAACUCAAGCGCACAUCCAGAUCUGCGCAUCAACCACGCGAUAUCAGGUCAAAUCGGCGACGCGACUACGGACGACGACGACGAUACUGGCCUCCGUAUCUCGACUGCCAUCACGCCGCAUGGGCAGGCGCGCCAAAGCAUCCAGCGGACAAUAGCCCAGGUGCUUAGCUACGAUGGCUUCGACGGUGCCACGCCCGAAGCCAUGGAGAGUUUUACGCACAUGGUAGAAACAUACCUUGUGUCGUUGAUGAGCGAUGCAAAGUGGAUUGCGCAGUCCUCACGGCGCAGUGUUCCCGUGCCCAUCGACUACGAGAGGGUGCUCAGCCGGCACAAUAUCCCAGUCGCGUCUUUAAAACCUCAUCUCAGACCGCCGAUACCGAAAUCACAGCGACAGCCCGACUAUGCUGCGGCCAUCGCCCUGGACGACGAUGCCUGGGCAACAUUGCCCCUGCUUGGGCCCGAGCUGAGCGGCCAGCCCGACAAGGAAUCCAUGCUGCACAUCCCAGCGACAUUCCCUGCGUUCCCCAGCAAGCACACCUACCGUUUCACACCACAAGAGGACGCCAACGCGCGAGAUUCGCAAAGAGUUCGCGAGGAUGCGGCAAGAAACGCCCAGCAGGGUGAAGACGCGCUCAGGAGGCUCGUACGCGCGUCAAAGAUGCGCAAACAAAAGGAGGUCAAGUCUCUGGUCGAAAAGGACAGCCAAGGAAAAGAAAGAUUCCGACUGUGGGAGCUGACCAUGAAAAGGUUCAUGGGCGUGGAGAACCGCGGCGAGAACAUUGAGCAGGUCGACAUUGCAGACCACAGCAUGAUCGUCAACAGUGACGCGAUGUUCUCACGCAAGGAGGUGCCAAAGAUGGGAAAGAGAGCAACCCAUACGUCGAGUGAGACUUAA